GCACUCUUCAGUGACUACUCCAUGGUUUACAAGUACCAGCAUUAACAAGAUAAAGAAAGAAAAAUCCAUUUCUAAGGAUCAACUGUUAUGAGAUCAUGCAAAAUAGUUGAACCAUUCAAACAAAUGUGAAAGAAAGUCAAUGGUCAAAUUUGUCAUCUUAUGAUGGAUCAUUGAUGCUGUGAGUCAUAAUGUCUCAAUUAUUGCUUGUCCAUAAUUUCUUUAAAGAUAUGGGAGAUCAAUAAUCUAAAGAUCACUUCAUUAGCAUAUGGAAAAUGUCAAUGCUGAAAACUUUGAAUAUUGUAAAAUGAUUCAUAUUUAAUCUCAAGAAAGCAGAAGAUAGGAAUAUGCAUCUAACUAAAUCAGGAUGACCAAUGCUGAUUGUGAUGCACAUCCUCAAGGUCACAUAACCAAGCUGAAUUCUGACCAGCCUCGCGAUAUGUUAGAAGGAAGGCGUCUCUUUUCUGCUCUCCUAGCCCUUGUUUCCUUCACAUCAAUCCUUCUAAAUUGCGGUGCAGAGAACAGCCGUCUUUGUGCUCCUUCUUCCUGCGGAAAUGUAAAGAACAUAAAGUUACCUUUCCGGCUGAAAACGGAUCCAAAAGGCUGUGGUUACCCUAUCUAUGAGCUAUCUUGUGAGAAUAAUGAACCCAUGUUAUACCUCUUCUCUGGCAGAUACCGUGUUCUGUCCAUCAACUACCACAACUCCACAGUGAGAGUAGUUGAUGCUGCUGUUGAUAAGAAUAACUGCUCCUCCGUCCCUCAAUACUCUCUCAGUGAAGCCAACUUUACUGAUCCAAAACGCUGGUUUGGAUAUGAUUAUGCAGUGCCAAAGGCUAUGAUUGUGUUUUUGAACUGUGCAAAUCCUGUCAAUUCUCCUCUUUAUGCUGAUGCUUCUUCUUGCACUCAUGGAAGGUAUUCUCAUGUUAUGGCCAGUAAGAAUGAAAUGACUAACAUCGAGAACUUGUGUACCAUAGAGCUGAUGACUAUGUCUUCAUUGCUGAUAAGAGGUGGCAGUAAACUUUCCUUCAUGGACAUUCACAACCAGCUGGCAUUUGGAUUGGAGCUUCAGUGGUAUGAUGUUACUUGUGACUUUUGCCAUGGAGAUGAAAUGUGUUACCCUGUCGGCAACUCUUCUCCCUGCAAGUCACGCGGUUUUUUUGCCUCGCUAAUUUCUCGUCUGAACCCAUUUUUCUACCAGCUUAAAUUUAUUAUCUGGUACAUUCUUAUUGGCCUAGGAUUGCUACCUGCAGCAAGGUUCUUUUGUUGCAGUCCGUUUGUGUUUGCAUUCUUGAUCCAUAAAUGGCGUAAGAGGCAUGUAUCAAUGUACAAUAAUAUUGAAGAAUUCCUAGAAAGUCAAAAUAAUUUCAUGCCUAUAAGGUACUCCUACAUGGAUAUUAGGAAAAUGACUAGUAACUUUAAGGAUAAGUUGGGGGAAGGAGGCUAUGGAUCAGUAUACAAGGGUAAGCUUCGCAGUAGCCGCCUUGCAGCUGUAAAAGUUCUAGGCAAGUCCAAAUCAAAUGGUCAGGAUUUCAUCAAUGAAGUAGCAACUAUUGGAAGAAUCCAUCAUGUUAAUGUGGUGCAACUAAUUGGUUUUUGUGUAGAGGGAUCAAAACGUGCUCUCAUAUAUGAGUUCAUGCCCAAUGGAUCUCUCGACAAAUACAUAUUUCAUCGGGAAGGGUAUACUUCACUAAGUUGGAGAAAAAUGUACGAGAUUUCUUUAGGAGUAGCUCGUGGGAUCGAGUAUUUACACAGAGGUUGCGAGAUGCAAAUUCUGCAUUUUGAUAUCAAGCCUCACAACAUUCUUCUAGAUGAGAAUUUUACUCCUAAAGUUUCUGAUUUCGGACUUGCUAAACUAUAUCCAACAGAUCACAACACUGUCUCUCUUACUGCAGCAAGAGGAACUAUGGGAUACAUAGCACCUGAAUUGAUCUACAAAAACAUUGGUGGUAUUUCAUACAAAGCUGAUGUUUACAGUUUCGGAAUUAUAUUAAUGGAAAUGAUUGGUAAAAGAAAGAAUUGGAACCUGGAAAUAGAUCCUUCGUCCAGCCGAAAUUACUUUCCGUUUUGGGUUUAUAACCAAAUGAUAGAAGGAAAAGUUGAAGUCGGAGACGCCACCAAUGAUGACGAAAAGCGAAUAGUAGAGAAGAUGGUCAUAGUAGCAUUGUGGUGCAUACAAAUGAAGCCGAUAAGUCGUCCUCCCAUGAAUAAAGUUAUACAUAUGCUGGAAGAAGAUUUGCAGAGUUUAGAAUUGCCUCCUAAACCUGUUCUUUAUCCUGAAGAAACACCAAAGAUUGGAGAAGAAUGUUCAGAUGAAAGAUGGUCUUCUUCUUCAUCUUCUAUGUUACUUGACUCUAUGGAAACAAUUUGUGUUGGCAAGAUUUAGCAUGUAAGCUCAUUGUAGAAUUUUACACACAUCAUGCUAUAAAAAUUUAUUUCUUU